AUGGCAAUGAAGCGUUUACAUCAGCUCGGCAACCAGCUCACACAGACCUCCUCCCCCAAAUCCGACGAGACCAUGGCGCCCGCCUCCUCAAAGUUCUCCCUCAACGAGAACGGCAUCCCGCCGUUCGAAUCGCUCCCCCUUGGUAAAGACGACCCCAGGUUCUCCGCCUGGGGCCUCUACGGCGACAAGGACGAGCUGGGAUCCCUAAACAGGUUAACCGACGAGCGCGUCGCCGCCGCUGCGAGGGAUGAGAUCAAGACGGGCGCAAGAGUCUCUCUCAACUGGUCCCUGACAGCCCAACCAGCCCCUUUCUUCGCCCGCCGCGCCUUCCACCACGACCUCUACCGCAAACACCCGCGCUUCGUCAACGACGACGAGUGGACUUUCAACUCGCAGUCCUCGUCGCAGUGGGACGGACUCCGCCACUUUGGCUACCAAAAGGAGGAGAAGUUCUAUAACGGCGUCUCCAUGGACGAGGUCCACGCCGUGAGCGACGACGGCAGACGGUCGACUGUCAACGGCAUCCAAGUCGAGAAAGCGUGGCAAAAGCACGGCAUCGUCGGCAGAGGCAUCCUCGUAGACUACCACACCUGGCGCCUCGAGCAGAACAUCCCCUACGACCCCUUCGCCCGCGACUCCAUCCCCAUCUCAGACCUCCAGGCCUGCCUCAAGGCGCAGGGCACCGAGGUCAAGUUCGGCGACAUCCUCAUAACCCGCACAGGCUUCAUGGCACACCACGCCGCAAAAUCCCCUGCGGACCUCGAAACCCUCCGCGCCGCCGUCCCGCAAACUUUUAGCGGCGUAGCCCAGUCCGAAGAGACCCUCCGCUGGGUCUGGGACAACUUCUCCGCCGUGGCGGGCGACCAGCCCUCCUUUGAGUGCUGGCCGCACCGCGACCCGCGCCACUGGAUGCACGAGGUGCUGCUCGCCGGCUGGGGCAUGCCCAUCGGCGAGCUCUUCGACCUCGAGGCCCUCGCCGCCCAGUGCAAGCGCGAGGGCCGGUGGAGCUUCUUCGUCGCGAGCGAGCCGUGUAACGUCCCCGGCGGGGUUGCGAGCCCUCCCAACAUUCUGGCAAUCUUUUAA